AUGGCUUUGAGCUUUAAUUUGGGGAAGUCAAAGGGAUGGGAAAUUCAGAAAAUGACGGAGACGGGACAGGGUUACGGGGAUUACACCUAUCUUGGAUGUUUCUAUGACAAUAGCAGAAGAGAACCCCUUCCUGAUCUGAUUUACUGUGAAAGAAAUACAUACCCUUACGAUACAUGUCAGAAUGCAUGUGGACCACAAGCUCAGUUCUGUCAAUCUCAAGAGAUGACAAUUGAACUAUGCAGAGAUAUUUGUGCUGAUCAGAACAUGAGAUACUUUGGACUUCAAACAGGCGCACAGUGCCUUUGUGGUGGAUUCUUUGCUCCCUACAAUGUUCUGGGUCAACCAGAUGGUGAUGAUACAUGUAACAGACCAUGUUCAGGAAAUUCAAGACAAUUGUGCGGAUCAGAUUUUCAAGUUAGGGUCUAUCAAAUAAAUGAAUCACCAUCAGACUGUUUUAAUCCAGGAUACGUUUUAAACGGCGACCAAUCACAGCAGGAUAGUUAUCUUUACAACGCAAGUGACGUCAUCGAUUUCGCCAACGUCUGUCCACCACCGAGUAUCAAGGAUGGCGCCGCAUCUAUCACGUGUACUGCAUCUGGGAACUGGACAAACCCUCCUCCUACCUGUACGGUCGGGUGUGCCACGCCCACUGCACCCAUGCAUGCCAGUUUCAGCUCAUGGCAGACAUUGAAUGACAACUACGCAGUCUAUGAUGAAGUCUUCUUUGAUUGUGAUAUUAAUCCUUCGAGGACGAAUCAAACAUUGACCUGUGGUUACUAUGGUGACUGGGAAACCUAUGUCCCGGAUUGUCCAGGGAUCAGUACCUGUCAAGGGUACUGUGAAACACAGGCAACAGGAGGAUGUUUCUGUGAUUACAUGUGUCAGGAACUCAAUGAUUGCUGUGAAGAUUAUUAUAUAUAUUGUCAACCUGGUGAGUAUUCUCCUUAUGUAGUAGCCUCUUGUCGAGGCCCUGGCGGCUGCUCCCCGAGCGAAGCGAGGAAUUUCCUAAUUCGCUUCGAGAAUUAG